AUGUCCCGAUCAAUAAACACACGUCUCCCAGUGGGAAACAAAGACUUCACUAAUGCGACUGUUGUAAUUAUCGGAGCCGGCAUUUCAGGGAUAUGCAUGGCGCUGGAUUUAAUCAAACGGAAUAAAUGCCAAAACUUUGUUAUUCUGGAGCGAAGUAGCAGUGUUGGCGGAACUUGGAACGACAACAAGUAUCCUGGUUGCUGCUGUGAUGUCUGGAGCUCGCUGUAUAGCUAUUCAUUUGAGCAAAACCCUAACUGGUCCAGGGAGUACCCUGGACAGGAGGAAAUCCAUGACUAUUUAGUCGGUGUCGCAGAGAAGCAUGGACUUUACAAGCACAUUCGAUUCAAUUCAACCGUGGAAGAGGCUCGGUGGGAUGGUGCAGAAGCCAAAUGGAAGACUAGCGUCUCCCUCUCAGGACAGAAAGACAGCGAAUUCUCGUCUUCAUAUGUUAUCAAGUCAGACUUUCUUGUCUCUGCUGUCGGCCAACUCAAUUUGCCCCGAUAUCCCGAUAUCCCAGGGCUCGAGGAUUACCAAGGGAAGAUUAUGCAUUCCGCUCGAUGGGAUUGGAGCUACGACUUGGCAGGAAAGCGAAUUGCGAUAAUCGGAAACGGAGCCACGGCUGCUCAAAUCGCACCCGAAGUUGCUCAGCUCGCGUCUCAUCUGACCAUCUACCAGCGAACACCAAACUGGAUCAUUCCCCGAAAUGACCGACCAGUCUCCGCUUUUCAGAAGGCACUGUUCAGAUGGAUUCCACCCCUGCACAAGCGAAAGCGUGCUCUCCAAAUGGACUUCCGUGAAAGCUUCUAUGAAGCUUUCACAGAUAAAGAUUCAGGCUUUGCUCAUGCAAUUCGGGAAAUGUGCACCGGUGCGAUGAAAGCCCAUUUGCCUAACAAUCCAGAGCUAUGGGAUACACUGACGCCCAAAUAUGCGCCGGGAUGCAAGCGAGUUAUCAUCACAGAUGAUUACUAUCCUACUCUUGCUCGUGACAAUGUUAGUCUGGAGACACGGAGUAUCACAAGCAUCACGGAUUCCGGCAUCGAGGUUGAUGGAGAAGAUGAGCAGGAAUACGAUCUCAUUGUUCUUGCCACUGGCUUUAGAACAGUGGAGUUCAUGCACCCUAUCAAGAUUUAUGGCUCGAAUGGCCGGUCGCUGGAGGAUAUUUGGAGUGGUGGCGCUAGGGCAUUCAAUGGUGUCACGGUAGAAGAUCUACCGAACUUUGGCAUGUUCUAUGGUCCCAACACCAAUCUGGGGCACAAUUCCAUUGUUUUGAUGAUUGAAGCUCAAUCAAGAUAUCUGAAUGCACUGGUUGGAGAGGUGAUCAAAGCCCGCCAGCAGGGCAAGACCUUGGCAUUCAAGCCCAAGCCAGAUGUCUUGCAAAGCUUUAACGAUAAGAUCCAGGCUGUGUUGCGAAACACCAGCUUUGCUGACCCAAAUUGCAACAGUUGGUACAAAAGAGACGACGGUGUCAUUACCAACAACUGGUCUGGGACUGUCAUUGAUUAUCAGAUGGAACUUUCGAAGGUGAACUGGCAGGAUUAUGUUGCUGAGGGUACUGAUAAGACCCGGCUUGUGGGCAAAUCAGCUACAAAACUUGGUCGCGUUCGCGAAGAAUCUUUACUGAGUGAUAGGUCUCUUCUUGUGGGAGCUAUUGGCGCCUUGUCGGUAGCAGGUUAUUUCGUAGCUCGUGCCAAGCUGUUCAAGGCCUAUUAA